AUGUCUAAAUCUGGCCUCCAAGCAUUAAAGCAGCAUUUAGCACACAAUAACCGUAUAAAGGAAUUUCCAGGGUAUGGCGGGAAAAUUCAUGCCCUUGGAUGGAAUGCAUCUGGUAGCAAACUUGCCUCUGCAUCGUCUGAUAAAUCUGUGAAUGUAUUCGCGCUGGAUUCAACUCGGCUGAGCAAAACUCAAACCUUCAGGGGGCAUACUGAGAGUGUCGAUCAAUUGGCUUGGCAUCCGACAAGUAGCGAUACUCUGGCUUCGGUCGGGGCCGAUGGGACUGUGCGCUUGUGGGACUGUCGAUCCAAACGCACAACUACUGUGCAACUUAAGGGCGAAAACAUAAACGUUGCCUGGUCCCCCGACGGUCAUACCAUUGCCGUUGGCAAUAAAAACGAUCUGAUCACAUGGGUAGAUGUGCGUUCGGACCUCAAAACAAUUCAAUCAGAACAAUUCGCCUUCGAAAUCAACGAAUUCUCGUGGAAGCCGGCUGGUGACCUCCUGCUCCUCGCGACUGGAACGGGCAGCAUCCUAGUGUACAGCGGUAAACCCGGCGAGAUGCGUCGGGAAGCCUGCAUUCAGGCACACCCAUCAAAUGCAAUGUGUUUGCAGUUUUCUCCGUCGGGCGAAUUCUUCGCUGUUGGCAGCGCAGAUGCACUGGUUUCUGUAUGGGAUGCUGAUGAAUUCGUUUGCCUCCGCACUCUAUCUAGACUAGAGUGGCCUGUUCGUGCACUUGGCUUCUCACACGACAAUCAGCUUAUUGCUUCUGCCAGUGAAGACCACUUCAUUGAUAUUGGCUGUGUCGAGACCGGUGAUCAAGUCUACCGUCUGGGCACUCAAGCCGCCGCAACAUUUGUUCUCGCGUGGCAUCCAAAGUUCCAGCUCUUAACCUAUUCCAGCGAGGCUAAAUACGAUCGAGACCAGGGUCUUAUUCGAAUGUUUGGCUUUCCCUCUGAUGGAGAUGGGCGAAAAUCAGCUGGCCUUCCUACUGUCGUUGAUCACACCUGA